UACUGACGAUGAUGAUACUAACACUACUACAAUUUUCAGGGAUGUGUGAGCAAUUAAGAUAGAGAGGCGGCGAUUAGAGAGAGCGAUUAAAGAGAGAAAAAAUGAGAGUGAGGAGAAAACAUCUUACUUCUCUCGCUCUACUUGUUAUAGGAGCCACCCUAUUGGUUCUGAGCCUUGGGGAGCUGGACACAUCAGGGCCGAGGGACGCUGAGGAGAUCCUAGGGCGUCUCACAGACCGGGAAGUUUGCUGGCUGACUGAAAAAUACUCCAUCGCUAGUCCCUGUGUGCGCUGUUCUGCUAACGACCUGGCCAAGACCCCAAACCAGUGUGACCUGACUGGAUACGUACAGGAAGUGGUUUGUGAGACGUCCGGAUACACUGUGAAGAGCUGUCAGGUUCAAAUUUGGGAAGAAGAGGUGGCGUUUUGGUGGUUUGAGGCCGCGGCAGCAGUGGUGGGGGUGGUGGGCGGCCUGUCCCUAGCCAUGCAGAGACACGCCAGGGCUCGACACCACCGCCACGCACUCCACUCACCACACGCUUCACAAUUUGCACCGAACGCAUCACACGCCACCUUCCACUGCCUCCCUGGCCUGCUUGUGUGAGAUUUUCGCACCACCACCACCACCACCACCACCACCACCAUGACCCUGUACCUGGCAGGGCGAUGGCAGGGAGGCUUAGCAGGGGACACGAUAGAGGUCCCUGCCAGCACCCUGAUCUCCCUGUUCACCCUGCAGUAUUGCCAGAACAGGGUGGUGCGUGUGGUGUUGCUUCCAGAUCGGGUCAACACCACUUGCGUUUUUCCUGUUUCCCUUCGUUCGCUGGUGUUCCCUGUGGUGUUGCAAAGAGAGAGUGAAUGUUUGAGGGU